AUGAGUUCCGAGUCUCAGACGACAAGAAUGAGCCGUGUUUAUUCCUAUACGUUACGCUCACUAUCUGAUACAAAAGACACGCUCAUUUUGGUCUGUAUUGGUCUAUUGGAGGCAUUGGAUCGUUUACAAGAACGUCUACAUCUACCUACGUCCAUUGUGAAGGAGCUCAAGCUUCGAUUGGCUAAAAUGGUGAGCAGGUCGUCGGUAAGACCUCAGAGUAAGCGUCCAAGUGCUCGAGAACUGGGUAACGUCGUAGCUGAAAGCAGUGUGUGGGACUCUGCUGAGCCUGAACAUGUGAGAGGUCUCGUCCAUGUUGUGCUGACAGCUGCUACGUCGCUGCAGAGACUGAUGAUUAAUGCGUCACUUGGGAUGUGUGACGGUAUUUACGGGUUGGUGAUGAGUUUGCCGGGAGUUUCGACAGUAUGCUCGCUUUUAAAUGGACUGUUGCAAGCAGUGGAGGAUACACUGAGACUGUCAAGUGAAGAGAUCAUUGAAGCUGCUUCAGUGGGAGGAUCGGGAUCGGGGUCUGGACGCACUCGAGAUUCUCAUCGUUUGCACCACCAGCGACACUAUCAGAACUAUAUGGUUGACCCAAGCUUAACGGCGGUCGUACUGGAGUACAAGGAAAAAGAAAGCAUGGUGCCAUUGAAUAUUGAUCGGAGGAUACGGCGCGUCAUGCACUUUCAGAUCCCGCUUCAUUCGUUUGAGGCGACUGUACGAUUACCUCCAGACAACGUGCAAUCCACUACGUCAUGGAGCAGAUCUAGUAGUGAUGACAGCAUUGGCGGCGAUAGUCACAAUCAAGCCCAGGAGGAGACCACUUCAAACUAUGCUCACCUGAGCUCCUUGACGCCGCGAUCAAUUCCAGUAUCACCUUUGGCCCGAAAGCGCGUGCAACUGGCAUUUUCCAAUUUUUCAGAUGACAUAUUGUACCAGGUACGCGACCGACUACGACAGGAGCAUGUGGCGGCGCGAACAGGCGACCCUGAUCUACGUGUGCCACGAUUUAACGCGCACGAUUGUCACGAAGAUAUUUAUUUAUCCUGUGGCCGCCACUGUGCGUCCAAGGUAGGCACAGGCAUGUACCGAAGCGUACGCGCUUCUGUGCCGGUACAGAAAAAUCGAUUUGUGUACUUCGAAAUGACACUACAGCAAGGUCGUGCACCGCUGCGCGAAGUAACACAGAGUGCCUCCGGUUCUCGUAGCGGAUCCUCCUUUUUACAGGGGAAUGCUGCAGACACCAAUGUUGGCAGCGCUAAAGACCGAGUUGAGAUUGACGCAAGCGUUUGCAUUGGGUUGUCUACGCGGCUGAUGCCACUAAACACUCUCGUUGGAGCGUCAAAACAUUCGAUCGGAUUCUAUUCUGCCGGCCACGUGCUUGUGGGCUCGGAAAGACGGAGCUCAAUCGGAGUUGGCCGAAAAUACGGUUUCCAGUCUACUGUUGGAGUUUUAGCCCGAGUAGUAGAUCAUCUGGAAGGCCUCAUGGAAGUGUCAUCUGAUGGUGUGCCUCAUCCAGCAUCCACUUCAUUCCCAUCGAGCUCGAGUGAUGCUGUGUCACCCAUCGGCGUGGCAUUUGUGCGCUUUACUGUUGAUGGGAUUGCCGUUCGCGACAGCAAUAAUCGCGUGAUGGAGUUCACGUUACCAUUUCCAUCUAGAAGCGAGCUCUACCCGACGUUGACACUGCAUUCUCAGGAUGUGCACGUGUAUAGCCAGAUGUCGGCCCCCGACAUCUGCAAGUUAGAUUUACAGGAGCUGGAAUUGGUCGAUGAAGGGCCUGUCGAGAUAUGGUGUCUCGAUGGUUUGCGUAUAGGCCUUGCAGUUUAG